CUGCACUCCGGCUUCCGCCACGCCUCGGCGCUGAUUGGCCGAGGCUGGGGAAGAGGCGCCCCCGCGCCGCCAUGUUGGGGAAGGGCAGCGCGAGGGGCACGGAGGCAGCAGGGGCGCCGGGUGCCCUUAGCCGCGCAGUCCCGCGGCCGCUCCCGGAACCCACCACCAGCGCCGCUCUCCCCGAGGCGGACCCGCGCUCCGCUCUUGCUGCUCCCGUGACAGUGGUGGACCGACCGCGUGUCACCCGGUUUGCUCCCUUCUCCGGAAAGCGGCUCGCGGAGGCGCCCGCCCCGCCGGGGCGGCGGCGCGGUCGGGAGCAGCCCGGUUUAACCGCGCCCCCCGGGGGAGGCCGCGGCUGGGCGAGCGGUUCUUCGCCAUCAGCGCCCGCGGCGGCGCUCCGCGUGACGCCACGCCGGGAGGAGGCGCCGAUUGGCCGGCGCAAUACGUGUUCGCCUGCGAUUGGUCCAUGGCGGAGCCGCGACGGCAGCGCGCGCGGCGGUACCGUUUCGAGGAGGGCUUGGCGGCGCUUGCCGUGCGCGUGCCCGAGGUACCGGGAGCAGCCGGGACCCGGGGAGCCGCGGGAGCUCCCGGGACCCCGGCACAGCGCCUUGCCCCGUGUCUUGCAGGUGCUGGACUCGCAGUACGGCACGUACGUGUGGCCCUGCGCCGUGGUCCUGGCCCAAUACCUGUGGGCGCACAGGCGGAGCCUGCCCGGCAAGCGAGUGCUGGAGAUCGGUGCCGGAGUGAGUCUCCCCGGCGUGGUGGCCGCCAGGUGCGGUGCCCAGGUGAUCCUGUCGGACAGCGAGGAGCUGCCCCAGUGCCUGCAGAGCUGCCGCAGCAGCUGCCUCAUGAACCACCUGCCCCACGUGCCCGUCCUCGGCCUCACCUGGGGCCGCAUGUCACCAGAGCUCCUCUCUCUUGCACCCAUAGACAUUAUUUUAGGCUCAGAUGUAUUUUUUGACCCCAAAGACUUUGAAGAUAUUUUAACUACAAUUUACUUCUUGUUGGAGAAGAAUCCACAGGCUCAAUUCUGGACAACUUACCAAGUCCGAAGGUUUUCACUUUUUUCCUCUCCUCAGUGCUGACUGGUCUAUCGAGGCUCUGCUCUACAAAUGGAACCUG